GCCCCGCGGGGGCGGCGGGACUCAGACUAGGCAAAGGGCAGCGCUGUUGCCGCAGUCGGAGACCCACGCGUGAUCCUGCUGGUGCUAAUGGGCUGGGAAGAUGAGGGAGAGUUGAUCCAGGAGUCAGAAGUGUUCGCAAGAAAAGGAACCUCGAAGGGAGUUCUGAAAGAAAAAACCUGGGAGAUGCUGAGCCGAUUAUCAGGAUUAGCAAAUGUUGUUUUGUGUGAAUUAUCAGGCUAUAAUGCUGAACAGAACAGGAAAGCUCUCUUAGAAGCUGAAUUACACCAGGAAUCUGGCAUGGAAUUGAGUAAUAGCAUACAAGGUGAUGCUCUGGAACGCCUGGCUGAUGCAGAGAAGUUAGUGGUGGAGCUGAAAGACAUCAUUAGACAGAAGGAUGUUCAGCUCUGGCAGAAGGAUGAAGCUCUGCAGGAUGAUGAGAAUGAAAUUUCAGAAGAAAUGAAAGUAGAAGAGAUAAGAAGUGAACUCCAGGAGAAGGAGAAAUUAAUUAGCAAUUUGCAAGCCCAGAUUCACCAGGCUCAGUCAGAACAAGCCUUGAAGAUGUGGAAGUCUGUAGUGGGGCAUAAUGUGUCUGUUUCCGUGGAGACCCAGGGUGAUGACUGGGAUACAGACCCUGACUUUGUGAAUGACAUCUCCGAGAAGGAGCAGCGGUGGGGAGCCAAGACCAUCGAGGGCUCUGGACGCACAGAACACAUCAACAUCCACCAGCUGAGGAACAAAGUGUCUGAGGAGCACGACAUUCUCAAGAAGAAGGAAUUGGAGUCGGGGCCUAAAGCAUCCCAUGGCUAUGGAGGCCGGUUUGGAGUGGAAAGGGACCGGAUGGACAAGAGUGCUGUGGGCCACGAAUAUGUCGCUGAUGUGGAGAAACACUCUUCUCAGACUGAUGCUGCCAGAGGCUUUGGGGGCAAAUAUGGAGUUGAGAGGGACCGGGCAGACAAGUCAGCAGUGGGCUUUGAUUACAAAGGAGAAGUGGAGAAGCACGCAUCUCAGAAAGAUUACUCUCAUGGCUUUGGUGGGCGCUAUGGAGUAGAGAAGGAUAAACGGGACAAAGCAGCUCUAGGAUAUGACUACAAGGGAGAGACGGAGAAGCACGAGUCUCAGCGAGACUAUGCCAAGGGCUUUGGUGGCCAAUAUGGAAUCCAGAAGGACCGAGUGGAUAAGAGUGCCGUUGGCUUUAAUGAAAUGGAGGCACCAACCACAGCCUAUAAGAAGACCACCCCCAUAGAAGCUGCUUCCAGUGGUGCCCGUGGGCUGAAGGCAAAAUUUGAGUCCAUGGCUGAGGAGAAGAGGAAGCGAGAGGAAGAAGAGAAGGCGCAGCAGAUGGCCAGGCAGCAACAGGAGCGAAAGGCUGUGGUGAAGAUGAGCCGUGAAGCUCAGCAGCCACCGAGGCCCAUGGAAGAGCCAGCAGUGCCGGCCCCAGUGCCGGCCCCAUUGCCCAAGAAGAUCUCCUCAGAGGUCUGGCCUCCAGCAGAGAGUCACCCACCCCCAGAACCUGAACCCAUGAGAAGCAGAAAAGAACACCCUGUGCCCUCUCUGCCCAGGAUGCAGACUCCACCACAGAAUCCCCCGGAGGACGAGGAGCCCCCAGCCCUGCCCCCUAGGACUCCUGAAGGCCUCCAAGUGGUGGAAGAGCCAGUGUAUGAAGCGGAGCCUCAGCAGGAGCCUGAGAACGACUAUGAGGACGUUGGGGAGCUCGACCAGCGGGAGGAGGAAGAGGGAGACUAUGAGGAUGUGCUGGAGCCCGAGUGCACCCCUUCUCUGUCCUACCAGGCUGGAUUGUCUGUGGGGGCUGGUGGUACAGGGACCUCUGCUGUAGCCCUGUAUGAUUACCAAGGAGAGGGAAGUGACGAGCUCUCCUUUGAUCCAGAUGACAUCAUCACUGACAUUGAGAUGGUGGAUGAAGGCUGGUGGCGGGGCCGUUGCCAUGGCUACUUUGGACUCUUUCCUGCAAACUAUGUCAAGCUCCUCUAGUGAGCAGCCCCAUUGUCUUCUGCUACUCCAAUUCCCCAGGUUCAAAACAGCUCUGCCUCCUCCUACCCACUCCACAGGACUGCUGCAAGGACCUAAUAGCAUGCCAUGGGGCGCCUGGGUUCAGAUAGACCUCCCUCUCCUGCUUUAUUAAGAGCUUUAGGUAGAGACAACAUGAAGCAGGAGCCUUCCCUCUGCAUCUACUCUUCCCUGGGAUAACUCAUAGCAUCAUCUGUGGUCCUGCCUCCUUCCCAACAGCCCACUCUGCUCUCUCCCUCUUGAGUGCUGGCAUUCCCCUGUAUGCUAGCCUUGAGGGAAGCUCUUGCUAGUCAGCCUGAUUUUGCCUGGUUGUGCUUUUUGCUCAUUUUUCUUCCCGUAAAAGAGAAAUUGGAACUGUCUUUUCUAUUUAGACAUAAACCUGAAAAUAAAGCAAGACUGUGGUUUAGCUUUG